UAGUGACAGUUAAUUAUCCUUUUUCUUUGUAUUUGGACUUUGUUUCCUAGUGGGGUUUGAUCAACUUAAACUCUAUAUAAACCUAACAAGACCUGUUACUGUUGCUGUGUUGCAUUAUCUCUCAAGAAUGGCCUCAACUUUCUGUCAAAAACUCCUUUUGCUUUCUCUUUUUCUGCUCUUUUCAGCAUUCUCCGCUAAAGCUGUUUUCCCAAGGAAGAACCAACUUCACUUUUCUCCCACUUCUAGCCUGGCAAAGAUACCGGCGGAAAAGCUUAUUAGAGGACUUAACUUGUUCCCAAAAGAUGUUGUUAAUGCUGGUACCGAUGACCUUACGGUUGAGACUUCGAAGAUUGUUGAAAAGCAAUUCAGGUUCCCUGUGCUCGGUGCUCCUGGGCCUUCUGUUAAGGAGUUUGGUCACCAUGCUGGAUACUAUAAACUUCCACAUUCUAAAGCUGCAAGGAUGUUUUACUUUUUCUUCGAAUCACGGAACAGCAAAAAAGACCCUGUAGUGAUUUGGUUGACUGGAGGUCCAGGGUGCAGUAGUGAAUUAGCAUUGUUUUAUGAAAAUGGUCCUUUCCAUCUUGCUAAAAACUUGUCACUUAUAUGGAAUGACUAUGGCUGGGACAAGGCAUCAAACAUUUUAUUUGUAGAUCAGCCCACUGGAACUGGUUUCAGUUAUACUUCAGAUGAGAACGACAUUCGUCAUGAUGAAAAUGGUGUCAGCAACGAUUUGUAUGACUUCUUGAAGGAGUUUUUCAAGCAACAUCCUCAGUAUGUUAAGAACGACUUUUACAUAACCGGAGAAUCGUAUGCUGGGCAUUAUAUUCCUGCUUUUGCUGUUCGAGUUCACCAGGGAAACAAAGCAAAAGAGGGAAUUCAUGUUAACCUCAAGGGUUUUGCCAUCGGUAAUGGGCUAACAAAUCCUGAAAUCCAGUAUCAAGCAUACCCAGAUUAUGCUUUGAACACAAGUUUAAUUACACAAUCUGAUUAUGUCAGCAUUAAGAAGUUGGUUCCAUCGUGUGUGCAGGCAAUCAAAAGAUGUGGCACCAAUAGCGGAGAUGCUUGUGUGGAUUCUUAUCAAAUCUGCAACAAUGUAUUUAAUCAGAUCAUGGGGAUUGCUGGUAAUGUAAAUUACUAUGACAUUAGAAAGCAAUGCGAAGUUGACUUGUGCUACGACUUCUCGGACGUUGAGACAUUCCUCAAUCUGAAAUCAGUUAGGGAUGCACUAGGGGUCGGAGACAUCGACUUUGUGUCAUGCAGCAGCGCAGUAUAUGAAGCCAUGAUUAUGGACUGGAUGAGGAAUUUUGAAGUUGGCAUUCCUGCUCUUCUCGAGGAUGGCAUCAAGGUGCUUAUAUAUGCUGGAGAGUAUGAUCUUAUAUGCAACUGGCUUGGAAAUUCUAAGUGGGUUCAUGCUAUGACAUGGUCCGGACAGAAAAAGUUUGGGGCAGCUCACAUCGUUCCCUUCGUAGUUGAUGGUGCAGUAGCGGGAAAACUGAAAAGCCAUGGUCCUCUCACUUUCCUCAAGGUCCAUGAUGCUGGUCACAUGGUUCCAAUGGAUCAACCAAAAGCAUCAUUACAGAUGCUACAGAACUGGAUGCAGGGGAAGCUAGCAUCGUCUGAGAUAGCUGAGAGAGUCACUCCCAAAUAGUGUGACCCCACAAGUUACGACUGGUUGUUCAACAAUGUCGAUUUAGGCACUAAUGCAAUGUAAAGUAUUGUGAUUUUCAAAGCGUUUCAUUGUUCUCAACAAUCCACACCUUUGUGGCUUAUACCUUAUUCCAAGAAAAUGAGAUUACAAGGACUAGUCAAAUGGAUCCAAUUCUUUUUUUCAUUUUCCUUUCUUUUAGAUGCGUAUCAGAAAAUUCCUUUUUCUAGAUGCGCAAAAAUAAACUCAUAAAUGCUAUAUCUAUAGCUAUACUAUCAACUUAUAUAUGCCUUCAGCAUUUGAAAAUGCCCAAAUUUUGUAACGAUAAAUUUUACUAAUAGUUUUUAACACUUAUCUGUACGACAAUUUCCGCUUGCAAUUACAUAUAU